AGUCACGUCUUAAAACAUAAUCGCACUCAUUUCUCGUAAGCAAACCAUCACGAUCAUCAAGAAAGUUUUUCUAAAUAUCAGCAACCGUGGCGAAGCUAUAUAAAAAGGAAGAGGAGAGCAAAAAGGUAAUGGAGGAGGAAGAAGAGGAGGAAGACGACACGUUCGAGGAUGCCGUGUGUAACAAAACACCAGCCAGAGUCACGAACGAUGCCGUGUGCAACAAGAUACCAGCCAGAGUCAACACCCCUUUGUCUAUUAUCACCGAGGCGUUCGAAAAUCUAGCUGAUCAGCUGAAACCGGACAUAACCACCGAAGAAGACGGACUUAAGCUUGAUGCUUUCUGCAAUGCGUGUACUCAUGUCUCUGUCCUCUUCAGCUGCCUCGGAUUCGCCUUCAAAUUCGCUGAGAUGGAGUACAUCUCCAAAGUUAACGAUUUGGUUGAAGCUUCGAAAACAUUGGACACGUUACAAAAUAUUUUGGACCUAGACGUGGAGAAAGAUACGGUGAAAACACCAGGUAGUCGUUCGCGUAACCUAAGACGCGUGAGACUAGGGUUAGACCUAAUCCGAGCAAUUUUCGAGAAGUUCUUGAUGACAGAUGAGUACUCUUUGAAAGACGCUGCGACAACAGCUUACACGGAAGUAUGCGCACCGUUUCAUACAUGGGCUGUUAGAACCGCGGUUUACGCGGGAAUGUAUACGCUUCCAACGAGGGAUCAGCUUCUGUUACGGCUCAAUGAGACUGAACAAUCUGUUGAGAAGAACAUGAGGAGGUACAUGGAAGCGUCACGACCCAUCAUAGAGUAUAUUGACAAACUUUACAUUGAAAGGAACAUUAAACUCGACUGGUAACAACGUUGUCCUUGUAAAUUACUAAUAUUACUAUUAAUAUUUUCUUUUAUCUUUUUCCUUGUAAAUUAAAAUGGAGCUUUUGUCUGAAGGCCAAAAAAAACGAGGGUUUGUCAUUGUCACUUGAUGUAAUACUCAUGUUAAUCAAAUCAAAACGUUUUC